CGAAACUCACAUCUGCAAGGCGCCUUCAGACAGCCCGCCUCACCCUGCAGUCUAAAGGUCCACCGCGGCCGAGAGGAACGCGCCAGAGGACCGAGGACCAUGGAGGACCUCCUGCGAGACGGCUACGACAACAGUCAUCGGGCAUUUCUGCAAGCGUUGCUGUCGCAUGGCGCGAUAACGUUCGAAGAGGCGCAAGCCAUCCUGGCGGCCAUCUUCAAUGCCCAGGGCGGCGGCGGAAGCAGCAGCGGCGAUACACGGCCCGAACAGGUGACUCAGGAGGACUUCCAGGCGUAUCUAGAGGUCGCGUCUGAGGCGGCGUCUCUAUUCGACUACGAGAUCCGGAGCACCAUCCACCAGGUCACAAAGCAGCGCAUCUUCGCUCUCGUGAACACGGCAUCGGACCCGCAGACGCAGCUCGCCACCACCUACAGCCCCGAGGAGCUGGCGUUUAUUAAGCGCGUCCUUGACGGCAUGUUUGACAAGUAUAACUCGCCGCGCAUGGAGGUGCUGGCCAUCACCGAGAUGCAGGCCAUCAAGUUCGCGAGGCCGAGGAACCGGCGGCAGACGGGCGGAGGUGACGGUGACGGGCAGCAGCAUUCGCCGUCACAGCCACAGUCAGCGGUGUCGGACAGGGGGCUCAAGCACAGCGAGGUGGAAACGGUCCUGGCCAGCCUCGUCCACGGCGGUUGGUUUGAGAAGAGCAGGGCCGGAUUCUACUCGGUCACGCCGCGCGCCCUUCUCGAGCUCCGGCCGUGGCUGCUGGAGACGUACAACGACCCGGACCUUGCGCCCGACGAGUGGCAGCGCAUCAAGUUCUGCGAGGCCUGCAGGGACAUUGUCACGGUGGGGAGGCGUUGCUCCGAGCCCGACUGCACGCUGCGCCUGCACGACAUCUGCCAGGAGGCCUUCCUGCGCGCGCAGCGGGCUGAAAAGUGUCCCAAGUGCUCCCGCCCGUGGGUGGGCGACCGCUAUGUUGGCGAACGGGCUGUCACUCAGACAGAGGCUUACCAGCGGGGCCGCAAGCAGAGCGGCGCGCGGAGGGCAACGCUCGCCGACGAGGUCAUGGAAGAGCAGCGGCAGACGGACGGGGAGAGCGAGCAAGAGGAGGGGGAGGAUGUGGGCGAGGUGGCAGCCUAGCGUACAGACAGUUGUGGACGACGAGAAGACAGCGUCGCACAGUCACGAGGAGGUCGUGCCAAGAUGGAUGGUGUUACCGAGAGAUACCCAACAAAAAGCCGAAAGCCAUAAGAUGCGACCACUGAGCAGUGCCGCAAAAAAUUCUGGUGAUACUGCCGACAUACUCUACGUUCGUAAUUAGGCUGCGUUUAUGGAUGCCUGGCGGCC